AUGGAAAUGUUUCCCGACUGUGGGAUGGCAGUGAGGCUCUCUGCUACAUCCUCCGCCGGCAUCGCAAUCGCCUCGUGCUUUUUCCCCAGCACGCGCGGAGGGCCCCCCUUCCUCAUUCGGCCUUGUCCACCGCCUUGCCCGCCGAAGAUAUUUUCCCACAUUUGCUAUGCUAAGAAGAGAAACUCCUAUCUCGAACCGGUUCUCAAGCAGCCCGCGAGCGGAGGUACGGAAGAAGGUGAAGAAGAGGUAAUGGACUACGCCGACGAAGACAAGGAUUCUAUUGACGAAUUAGAAGAUGGUGAGAAACGCGCUCUUCGUAUUUCGGUUGAGCAAGGAUUUUAUGACUGUUUAUUGGCAUUUGAUUGGGUUUCGUCGACUUUAUCACUCAAUUUUUUUCUUCACAGUUUAUUUGCUGCGUCGAAUUUCGAUUUUUCGUUCUGAGUUCUUCCGAACUUAUUGUCUUAUGUUCUUCAAUUUCUGCUCGAAAUUUCCAUCCAUGACAUUCUGAGAUGGCAAGAUUUAUACCUGCACGUAAUUUGGCAAGCGCUGAAUCGUAAGCCUUGCCGAAUGAGGAGGAUCAUGUCGACGAGUCGACCAACAACCACGGUAAAAACGUCCCAGGCCUUAAUAUUGCAUUCCUUUGAAGGGUUUUUUAGGUACACAUUGUCAAGAACCGAAAUAAAAUAUUUCUUCGAUGCACCUUGCUUUAAGGCCUGAAUAAGAUUCAUAACAUGAUCUUGAGUUGAUGAUGGUUUUCUCUAAAGCGAUCAAAAUUCUGGUUCAUACCACUGGUGGGUGCUCCACUUACCCUGAGAUGGUGAUCCUUGGGCCAUGAUCCUGAAAUUUUACCACUGGACUUAGAGACAUCCACAAUAUUUCAUUUAUUCCUAAUGUCAACUCAAAUUUUGUCAAGCUGAGGUCGGUUUCAUGCUUGUGACUUUCCCAUCUGUAAUAUGAUCCCGGGGCAGGAAGAACCCUCACAUGAGGCUUUCUAGUUGUGAUUCAAACACAAGAUGAGCCACCGUUGAAGCAAUUUUUAAGAAAGUUUUAAGUUUGACGGAAACUAUAAAUAUGACGGGAACAGGGUAGUGGAUAUUAUUGUCUACACAUCUUCCUCAUGAUGCUGUUUGGUGGAAUUGAAUGAGUAUACUAUUUCGAGCAUUCAUAUUUAGGUAGAGCACUGGUAAAGUCCACUCAGGGGUAGUCUUUUGCAUCAUCACUUCAUUAUUCCAUGGCACAGAAAUCUUUGAGGAUGAUGAUGAUGAGGAUUUUGAAGACGAAUUCGAAGUCGACGAGGGUGAUCCCUAUGUAAGUUUUUAUAAUCUCUAAUGAACAUGUAAUCUAUUUGAAUUACUAAAAGCUAACUUAUAAAUCCGACCCUGUCACAGGUUGGAGAUGGAGCCGCAGGAGGUGGAAUAUCGCUUGCUGGUAUGUGGUGGGACAAAGAAGCCUUGGCUAUAGCGGAGGAGGUUUCUAAAACGUUUGAUGGCGAUUUGAAGAUAUAUGCUUUUAAAACUUGUGCAAAUUCAGUUAUUCGAGUGCGUAUAGAGAAACUCUCCACGAAGUAAGUGAUCACUUGGAAAACUAAAUCUUGGCAAAGUCAAAAAUGGUGUUCCUUGUGAAAAAAUAGGCUUGAAGGGUGGAAUGCGGAAAUUUCUUUUUGAGCAGGUUGUGGUGUAGGUUUAUCUCAAUCGUGUCAUUUGAUCACUUAGUUUUCCAAAUUAUUAUAAAUAUUAUUCAUUAAGAGAUGCAACCUGAGGUCUCCUUGAUGAGUUUGUUGUUGGUCUUUUUAAUUCUUCAAUACGAUCAACUGAGAUUCAUUAAUCUUAAAAAUCCUAUUAUUUUUUUUCGUUUUGUUCUUGAGAUCGUGACAAACAUAAACCACGCAGCUGUGAUGCGAGCUUUGCGCUUGAAACACCUUGGUUUGGGAAAAAUCCUUGACUUUUGGUGGAACUGUCCAAGCUUAAAGUGGGGAUUAAGAUCCAGAAGUGAAAGACUAAGGGGCACUUUAAGGGCUUCAAACAUUAAAGAAAGAAACCUUGCCCACGAGAGAAAUGGAUCCAGAAGCGUUUCUUUGCCCUUACUUUAUUUUUUGCUUUGAGAGGCUUUUUUUGGGAGGGAUGGGGGGGAGGCUGUGUGGACUGGGGCUGUUGAAAUAUAGACUACCUGUGCAUAAAUUAUCAUGUGAUAUUAGGACGAGUUAUAGUCUUAUUCUUCCUAAUUUAGGCAUCAGACUAGCUAAGUUUUGGUCAACGUUUUACCAAGCUUCCCCAUCCCUUUUCUUCGUAGCUUUUUCACCUGAUGAGUAGGAACAUUACUGUUUUACCUUCUUUUUUUUUUGUGUUCGAAUUUACUGUGCGUAUGCUUUCUCUAGGAAAUCUUAGUACCUUUUUAACUGUUCAACAGCUAAUCGUUUUGUUUCGACGGCUGACUAUAUGAAAGUUACCUGCUUCUGAUUAAAUUAAUUUCCCAGGUAUGGCUCCCCCAGUAUGUCUGACAUAGAGAAUUUCUCGUCUGCCUAUCGAGAACGCCUGGAUGAAGCUGAGCGUGCUGGGACCAUUCCUGAAAACAUAUCUCUGGAAGUAGGUUUUCCUUUCUCCAUUCUGAUUUUGAUUGAUACCCUCUAUGCUCAAGUAACCAACGACUCUUCCGGGUUUAUUUUAUAUAUAUAUUUUUAGUUCAUGUUUACUUGAUAAGUGGGCUUUCAUUCCUGUGGUUUGACGUCAGUCUAUUAGCUGAUCAGCAGCCGUCCUUGGGAACAAAAAAAAAACGAUAUUUUCUUCAGAUUUUCUAGUCGGGCAUUAUUCAUUCACGACGAGGUAGACGAGAGAUGCAUAGGAGAGAUGGCCAUGGUUCAGAUCGGCUCAAUUUUCUUUUGAAUUUCUUCACUUCGUCGUCUGCUAUUUGACUUCUGAAGAACCUCCAUGAACCCCCAGGUUUCGUCCCCCGGAGUAGAGAGGGUGGUCCGAAUACCAGAGGAGUUGGAGCGCUUCAAGGAGCGGGCGUUUUACGUGAAAUACGCCAGAGAGGCGGCCGAGGAGGGCUCACCACCGCAGGAGGGCGACGGCGUUUUCAAGCUGGUCUCCUUCGACGUGGAAGCUGGGCACUGCACCUGGAGCCUGGCGGAUGUGAGAAUCAACAGAGAGAAAGCGGGAAAAGGAAGGCCGCUGAGCAAGAAGCAAAGAGACUGGCGGCUGCAGACCCCCUUCGACUCCCUACGACUCGUCCGGGUGCACUCCGAGUGCUGA